AUGUCAAAGAGCACAAUUAUAUCUCUAAUAGAGAGUUUCUACGACCCAGUUGCUGGUCAGGUUUUACUUGAUGGACGAGAUUUAAAGUCGUACAAUUUGAGAUGGUUGAGGAACCAUCUAGGAGUUGUGCAGCAGGAGCCAGUUAUCUUCUCCACCACCAUAGGGGAGAACGUAAUUUACGCAAGGAACAAUGCCAGUGAAGCUGAGAUGAAAGAAGGUGCUAGAAUAGCAGAUGCUCGUCAUUUCAUUAGUAGUUUGCCUCAUGGAUAUGACGCACAUAUUGGGAUGAGGGGCGUAGAUCUGACCCCUGGACAGAAGCAAAGAAUUGCAAUAGCUCGUGUUGUAUUGAAAACUUCACAUAUUCUAUUAUUGGAUGAAGCAUGCUCCUCCAUUGAAUCCGAAUCAAGCCGAGUGGUAGAGGAGGCUCUUGAUACUCUUAUCAUGCGAAACAAAACUGCGAUUCUAAUUGCCCACCGAGCAGCCAAGAUGAAGCAUGUUGACAACAUAGUGGCACUUAAUGGAGGAAGAAUUGUAGAGGAAGGCACCCAUGAUACACCAAUGGCAAAAAAUGGCUCGUAUGUACGCUUGAUGCAACAUCACUUCGGGAAGGGAUGA